AUGGAGAAGGACGCGGCCCUCGAGUCGCAGAGCUCUGAGCACGUCGACCAGUAUGGGCGACAGAUAGAGCUCACACGUGUCAUGACCGCGUCUGACGAAGGAACUGCGGUUGACCAUGCUCUUCACUCGGCAGAGAUAGAGCCAGAAGAUGCCGACGAGUUGAGGCGUAUUGCCACCGUCUUUUCUCACGCUUCCGGAGCUGGCGGUCAGCCUGCAGAUCUGUCACAAGCGAUUUCCUUCAACAACGCCAGUGACGACUCACUAAACCCACAAAGCAAGAACUUCGACCCCGCGAAGUGGGUGCAGAAUGUCGUACGGCAAAUCGAGGGACGUGGUAUUCGUCCAGCUCGGACGGGCGUCAUGGUCAAGGAUCUGACAGUUUCUGGAACUGGAGACGCCGUCCAAUUACAACAAACUAUGGGAUCUGUCAUGGCAGGACCUCUACGACCGGGCGAGUUUUUCCACCUUGGAAAGAAGGCUCCCAAAAGGAUCCUCAACAAGUUCGACGGUUUGCUCAGGCACGGCGAAUUGCUCAUCGUUCUCGGACGCCCUGGCUCGGGCUGCAGUACAAUGCUCAAGACCAUGAGCGGUGAGCUCAAUGGACUCAGCCUUGACAAAGACGCCACGAUCAGCUACGAUGGUAUCCCCCAAGCUCGCAUGAAGAAAGAGUUCAAGGGUGAGGUGAUCUACAACCAGGAAGUCGACAAGCACUUCCCCCAUCUCACUGUUGGUCAAACACUCGAGUUUGCCGCUGCGGUUCGCACGCCAUCAGAUCGCAUGGAGGGCAUGAGCCGCAACGAGUACGCCAAGCUCAUGGCCCAAGUGACCAUGGCUAUUUGCGGUCUGACACAGACUUACAACACCAAGGUCGGUAACGACUUUGUUCGUGGUGUGUCUGGAGGUGAGCGAAAGCGUGUCAGUAUCGCUGAGAUGAUGCUCGCUGGCUCUCCUUUUGCUGCGUGGGACAACAGUACCCGUGGUCUUGAUUCAGCCACCGCUCUCAAAUUCGUCCAAUCCCUUCGUCUUUUCAGCGACCUAUUCGGAUCCGCCCACGCCGUUGCCAUCUACCAAGCCAGUCAGGCCAUCUACGAACUCUUCGACAAGGCAACCGUGCUUUACGAAGGACGACAGAUUUACUACGGACCCGCAAGCGAGGCCAAGCACUUCUUCGAACGACAAGGGUGGUACUGCCCUCCUCGUCAGACAACUGGAGACUUCCUGACUUCGGUCACCAACCCCAGCGAGCGCAGGGCUCGUGAAGGCAUGGAGAAGAAGGUUCCACGCACACCAGAGGAGUUCGAGACAUAUUGGCGCUCAUCCCCCGAGUACCGCAGGCUGCAGAACGACAUAUCUUCACACAUGGAAGAAUACCCGUUGUCCGAUGAUGAGGAUGCAUUGGCGAGACACCCGAGCCAAACUCAGCAUGAGACACUCAAGGCAUUCCGCCAGGCCAAGAAAUCCCGCCAGGCCAAGCAUGCUCGCCCGGGGUCGCCUUACAUCAUCACCGUCCGCCAGCAGGUCAGCCUCAACGUCAAGCGGGCCUACCAACGGGUCUGGGGAGACAAAUCGGCCACAGUCGUCAACGCCAUCAUGCAGGUCAUCAUCGCCCUGAUUAUGGGAUCACUCUUCUACGCCCCUGUCAAUUAUGAAUCCACUGCUGGCUUCUUCGCCAAAGGAGCCGCCCUCUUCAUCGCCGUCUUGUCAAACGCCCUCAGUUCCGUCUCAGAAAUCAGCAGUCUCUACGCACAACGUCCCAUCGUUGAGAAACACGCUUCGUACGCCUUCUAUCACCCUGCAACCGAGGCUUUGGCUGGUAUUGUCGCCGACAUACCUGUCAAAUUCUUCAUCUCCGUCUGCUUCAACCUAGUGUUGUACUUCAUGGCCGGUCUGCGUCGGGAACCUGGACAGUUCUUCCUGUUCUUCCUCGUCACCUACGUGACCACUUUCGUGUUCGCGGGCAUCUUCAGGACUGUCGCUGCCGCUACGAAGACGUCUUCACAGGCUAUGAGUGUGGCUGGUAUCAUCAUCCUCGCUCUCAGUAUCUACACCGGUUUCAUGAUCGCAGUUCCCGAGAUGAAGGUAUGGUUUGGUUGGAUUCGAUGGAUUAACCCGCUCUUCUACGCCUUCGAGAUUCUGGUCGCGAACGAAUUCCACGGCCACGAGUACAUCUGCUCCAGUAUCAUCCCCUCGUACACGCCUCUGGUUGGAGACUCCUGGAUGUGCAAUGCCGUCGGGGCUGUGGCUGGCCGUGCGACUGUCAACGGAGACUCGUACAUCGAGACGAGCUUCUCUUACUAUUACUCGCAUGUCUGGCGCAACUUUGGAAUCCUCAUCGGAUUCUUGGUAUUCUUCCUGAUCCUCUACACGCUCACGACCGAGCUCAACUCCAACAUGAGCAGCGCGGCAGAGUUCCUCGUCUUCCAGCGCGGACGUGUCCCAGCCUACCUCCAGAAGUCGGCCAACUCUAGCGAGCAGUCCCAGGAGACCCGACCUGGUGGCGAUGCCAUGCAGGAGUCAGGAGCCAAUGUUGGCGCUUUGGAGCCUCAGACGGAUAUCUUCACCUGGAAGGAUGUCACCUACGAUGUCCAGAUCAAGACAGAGACGCGCCGCCUCCUGGAUCACGUUUCAGGCUGGGUCAAGCCAGGUACACUCACGGCGCUCAUGGGAACUAGCGGUGCUGGAAAGACCACUUUGCUCGACGCGCUUGCACAAAGAGUCACGAUGGGUGUGAUCACUGGAGAUAUGCUGGUCAACGGAAAGCCCCUGGAUGAGAGUUUCCAGAGAAAGACUGGUUACGUGCAACAGCAAGAUCUUCACCUGGAAACCUCUACCGUCCGCGAAAGUCUCCGAUUCAGUGCCCUGCUCCGCCAGCCAGCGUCCGUCAGCACAGAGGAGAAGUACAAGUUUGUCGAAGAGGUCAUCGAGAUGCUCAACAUGGGCGACUUCGCUGAUGCGGUCGUCGGUGUUCCUGGCGAAGGACUGAACGUUGAACAGCGCAAGCUCUUGACUAUCGGCGUCGAACUGGCAGCGAAGCCUAAGCUUCUGCUCUUCCUGGAUGAGCCUACUAGCGGUCUUGACUCUCAGAGCUCUUGGGCCAUUGUUGCCUUCCUGCGCAAGCUCGCCGACGCUGGUCAGGCUGUGCUUUGCACCAUCCAUCAACCUAGCGCCGUAUUGUUCCAGGAGUUCGACCGCCUCCUCUUCCUGGCCAAGGGCGGCAAAACCGUCUACUUUGGCGAUGUCGGAAAUAACUCCCAGAUCCUGCUGGAUUAUUUCGAGUCCAACGGAGCACGCAAGUGUGGAUCCCAGGAGAACCCGGCCGAGUACAUGCUGGAGAUUGCCAACGGACAGACCACCGACUGGCAUUCCACCUGGUUGAACAGCCCGGAGCGUCUGGCUGUCGAGGCCGAGAUUGACAGGAUAGCCGUUGAGAAGGGCAAGGAGCAGGCCGUUGAAGACCACGGUUCCCACUCGGAAUUUGCCAUGCCGUUCAUGGCGCAGCUCAGCGCCGUCACUGUCCGUGUCUUCCAGCAGUACUGGCGGAUGCCCUCGUACAUCAUGGCCAAACUGUUCCUCGGAUUUGCUGCUGGUCUCUUUGUCGGUUUCUCAUUCUACCGCGGUGGCGGCAGUCGUGUGGGAAUGCAGAUGAUUGUCUUCUCGACCUUCCAGAUCAUCACCCUCUUCUCGACCAUUGUACAACAGAUCCAGCCCCUCUUCGUCACCCAGAGGUCCCUCUACGAAGUCCGCGAGCGACCAAGCAAGGCAUACAGCUGGAAGGCCUUCAUGAUGGCUAACAUCAUCGUCGAGAUCCCGUGGCAAAUCCUCACUGGUAUCAUCACCUGGGCAUGCUUCUACUACCCCGUCAUGGGCGCGGGCCAGAGCGGAGAGAGACAGGUCCUUGUCCUCCUGCUGACGAUCAUGCUCUUCAUCUACGCCAGCACCUUCGCCCACAUGACCAUCGCCGCCCUCCCAGACGCCACCACCGCAGGAGCCAUCGUCACCAUCCUCAUGCUUCUCAGCAUGAUGUUCGGUGUCCUGCAGACGCCCAGCGCGCUGCCCGGCUUCUGGGUGUUCAUGUACCGCGUCAGCCCCUUCACGUACUGGAUCGCAGCCAUACCCUGCGGCGACUACUUCUCGGCCUACCUGUCGGGCCCCGAGGGCGGCAUCGGCAACCUGCAGAACCCAAACGACACGAGCGCGUGCCGCUACUGCUCCCUCACCAACGGCGACCAGUACCUGGCCGGGAGCAACAUCUUCUGGGACGACCGCUGGCGCAACUUCGGCAUCAUGUGGGCCUACUGCAUCUUCAACAUCUUCCUCGCCGUCGGCACCUACUACGUCUUCCGCGUCAGGCCCACCCAGCGCGCUCGCGCGGCUAAGUCGACCAAGGCGUGA